ACAAUUGCAGGGGAGAGGAAGACGCUGCCACAAUCAAAGAAAUUGUUAUGGACCUCAAAAUCCAAUACACACCAGAACAGCGGUAAGAUAAUCCGAGUUCCUCUGUAUUUGGGUUCUAGCAUCCUCUGUCAACUAGUGGUAAGUCGAACUAAUCGCCCAUAUAUAGAAAGAAGAUGGACGAAGCAAUCACGGACUUUGUUGAUGGGUUCAAAGGAGUCAAGGAAUUCGUGAAUGCACUGAACGUCGAGCUCCUCCUCGAACUAUCGAAUCCGAAAAAUGUCCGGAAGGAAUUCCUCCGCAACCUAUUUGGCGUUAUUUCAAAAUUCGCAAUCUCGACGUUCGACUUCGACCUCUACUACGCAUACGUAAAGCAUCACGGCAACACUGACGGACUCAUUCGAGAUUUCUACCACCAAGCAUUGGCGCACGACGAAGACCUAGCUUCCAAUCUGUUGCAGCAGCUUUCAAACAAGGUUUCCAAUGCCAAGAAGAAUACAGUGCUGGGAGUUCUAUGGUCGUUGAUGAAAGAACUGCUUCCAUCAGUAGAUACAGGUUCCCUGGAGGUGCAGACUUGCUUCCAAUCGCUCGUGGAAGCCUACAUUACCAAGACCGUGGACAAAGAGCCGUCGAAACCAGAAGACUGGGCUCGCCCGGCGGAAGUGUACAAGUGCUAUUCCUCUGGGUGUAAGGCGUGUCCAGAGCUAAACCUCUUCCUAAAGGACCCCGAAGCGAAGGAAAAAACGAUAGUCCUGACUGCUGACGACCAUAGACACGUCAAAUGGCACUUCGAUUAUCUCGAGAAUGGGAACGGGGGUCGCGACGGUGAAGUCCGCUUUACGAAGACGUUGAAAGAGUGGGAAAAACGUCACCGUAGCUGGGACUUGGAUGUCAAAGCGACACAAGAGAAGCUCCAAAAGCUGCCAAAGGACGCAUUGAAACGAGCACUCGGCGACAAGUACGACACACUCAUGGCGCUGGACCUAGUCAGAAUCGACAGGAGCACUGCCCAGGCUCCUGACGAGGUCCAGCCACCCUCGCGACCAAAACGUCCGCAGGCCGAGGAUGCCAAUGACACGGCACCUGUGAGGAAUUCAAAGCGCGCACGGCGCGACGAAGAACAAGCUGAAGGCCGAGAGAUGUAAACAAGGAGGAUGGAACAGCAGCUGCUGGAGAUGCGCACACCGUGUUACAUGUCUACCUACCUACCUGGAAGCGCAGGAGGUGGUCGCAAAGAAGCAUUCCAUGUGGCUGCGUGUGAGCGCGUCGAGGCGGUGCUUCCGUUAGUGCUUCUUCACAUGUUCUGGGGUCCAGUUUUGGUACCCUU